AUGCGUCUUCUUCUCCCGCUUCUUCUCCUUUUUGCUUCCACGUCAGCUUUCAAUUCAUUCGAAUUCGAUUAUGAUAUCCCUACUGAUUACUUCGGACCAAAACGUCAUCUGAUCGAGAGUGUUGGGAGGACCCCAUCGGAACGAGGGGAUCCGGAUCCAAAUACUGCUGGACAGAUGAACCUACGAUUUAAGGAAGAUGUUUUUGGAGUUUUAAAUUCAAGAAGUCGUGCUCAUUUUGAUGACCUCGCUCAGUAUUUCCAUCCGAAAAUCCAAAUUCAUGUGUGUUUCGUUCCCGGAAGAGCUCUGAAAAAGAAUGAACUUUGGGCUGUUAUGGCUUAUCUAUCAUUAUUUUAUCAGAAAUUACAUGAAGAGCAAUGGGUACCAUAUAUGAAUCAAGGAUUCAGUUUUUGGAAGAUCUAUUGGGUGACAAAGAAAUGUACUAGGGAUGUGACACAGCAUAUAGCUCUCUUGGAUGGUGCAACUAUCCUCGGCGAAGUAAAUAAACGAUUCUGUGGUAUGAUUAAUGGAGAAAAUUGGGAUGUUUAUCAAUCGUUCUUGGAUCUUUUUGAAAAAAGCGACACACAAUGGGGAACUUGUGCUGGAUCAAAAAGGCAAACCUAUGACCAUAUUCGUGGGCACAUGGAAAAGGUGGCUACUCGGUAUGCAAAGUGUACGGUAUAUGUGAGGAUCCGGAAUUUGGUGGCUGCGGACUUUUCGACAACUUUUCUGGUGAGCAGAGCAACGGAAGUUCAGGAGCAAGAGGAAUUGGAUGUGGGAUUUGCUGGAUUCAAAGACAAAAAAGGACUGUGGCAAAUGAAUCGGAUGUACUUUGAGUGUGAUGAGACCAAAAAGAAGAAGAAGAGAAUGAUUCUUGACUUGUGA